CCAGGUUCUGAAACAAACAAAGAAGCGUCUCACUAGCAAGUCGGUAGAUGUGCGCGUGUGUAAUUAAUUAGUGAACAAACGAGCGUAAAUACAUGCGUGCGUGUCACUACUAUCACCAUCCACCGUCCACAAUAUUAUAUAUCGGGGCGUGUACAUACAUCCUCAUUUACCAUUGAAAUAAUAUAAAUAUAAUAAAUAUAUUUUACAGUUAGCCAGCUAACGAAAUAGAAUCAUCAACAAAUAAUGGUAAUCUACAACCUCGCCAACAAAUUACAAUUAUUGUAAUGUUACUAUGUGAAUAUUGUUUAACAAAAACAAAAGUGUCUACUGGUGGUACUGCUGCUGUAUGUUUUGUGGUCGCGCGCAUGUUCAGCUUAUCGCCAUUUUGUAGUGAUUCUGCUCCUUGUUAUUGUUGUGUGUUGUCGGGCAAGAUUUAUUAACGUCAAUCGUCAAUUGCAACCCAAGUUUCUCCAGCUAGGUAAAAAAGUCUAGAUAAGUAGAGGAUGGACUGACAUGAACUCACACGAGGCACAAGGUAAAAUUCUAUGAACAAACGCGGUGGUGCUGUUGUUGGUGGCGGUGGUGAAGAACCAUCGGUACCGAGACCUGGUAGUCUCAAGGACCCGGAGAUUGCCGAAUUGUUUGAGAAAAAUGACCCGGAAAAAAUAUUUGAAGAUCUGCGGGAGAUCGGACAUGGAAGUUUCGGGGCUGUUUACUACGCCAGGUGUUUACUCACCAAAGAGAUUGUUGCUAUCAAGAAAAUGUCCUAUCUUGGGAAGCAGACGGUGGAAAAAUGGCAGGAUAUCCUCAAGGAAAUACGCUUUCUGAGACAACUUAAUCAUCCAAAUACCAUUGAAUAUAAAGGAUGUUAUUUACGUGAUCAUACAGCAUGGCUGGUAAUGGAGUACUGUCUUGGCUCGGCUUCUGACAUAAUAGAAGUCCACAAACGUCCAUUAAAAGAAGACGAGAUUGCAGCAAUAUGCGAAGGAGUAUUACGCGGAUUACAUUAUCUCCACUCGUUAGGUAGAAUACACCGUGACGUUAAAGCCGGUAAUAUUUUAUUAACUGAAAAUGGGACAGUUAAACUCGCAGACUUUGGUUCUGCGAGUAUUAAAUGUCCAGCGAAUAGUUUUGUGGGUACUCCUUACUGGAUGGCUCCGGAGGUUAUUCUGGCUAUGGACGAGGGUCAGUACGAUGGAAAGGUUGACGUUUGGUCACUUGGAAUCACGUGUAUCGAAUUGGCGGAAAGAAAACCACCGUAUUUCAACAUGAACGCCAUGAGUGCGCUUUAUCAUAUCGCGCAGAAUGAUACACCAACGUUAAAUUCUCCAGAUUGGUCUGAUGUGUUUGGAUAUUUUGUUGAAGUAUGCUUGACUAAGAGUCCAAAUGAACGGCCAUCGUCUGGUACAUUACUUUUGCAUCCGUUUGUAACACGUACGCGUUCACCCCAAGUUUUAAUCGACUUGAUUCAACGAACAAAAGCAGCAGUACGUGAAUUAGAUAAUUUAAAUUAUAGAAAAAUGAAAAAAAUAUUAAUGAUUGACGCUUGUGAAACUGAAAGUGCUGCUGGUGACGCUGAUGAUACACCUGACGAACAAACAGGUGGUGAUAGCAGCAAGAGCAAUUCAAUAACAUCAGAGCACUCGAUUCAUUCAAUGGGUGUUUCAGCAAGUUCACAAAGUUCAUCAACAAAUAGUCUACCACUGCCGAGCGCAGAUGCAAAUGAUUUUUCAUCUGGAUCUGUUCGUAAUCGCCACAAAGUAUCGGGUGUCACUGCCAAUUUGCUCGAACAUGGUGCCAAUAAUUUUGCCACAAUACGUACUACAUCAAUAGUUACUAAACAACAAAAGGAGCACAUGCAAGAAGAAAUGCAUGAACAGAUGAGCGGUUACAAGCGCAUGCGUCGUGAACAUCAAGGCGCGCUUGUUAAACUCGAAGAGCGCUGCAAAAUAGAAGUUGAGUCACACAAACAGCUCCUGGAUAAAGAGUAUGAAACUUUAUUGCAGCAGUUCAGUAAGGAACUCGAAAAACUGCAAUUCAGGCACAUGCAGGAAUUAGAGCGUAAGUUGAAACAAAAUCAAAAUGCCGAGAAGAAGUUACAGAAGGAAAUAAUUGGUCGUCAGGAAGCUGAUCGCAAAGCACUGGAGACCCAGCAGAAACGCGAGUACAAGGCUUACAAAGAACGGUGGAAGAAAGAGCUUUCACAAGAUGAAGUUACACCCAAGCGACAACGUGAUGCGACUCUUCAGAGUCAGAAAGAUAAUUUGAGGCAAAUGGAGGCUCAAGAAGAGCAGCGACUCGCUCGAGGCCAACGCGAGUAUCUCGAUCUGGAGAUACGUAAAUUUCGCAGAAAAAAAUUGCUCAUUUUUCAUAGUCUCGAACAGGAAUUGCUGCGCGAGGAACUCAACAAACGCCAGCAGCAAUUGGAACAAGCGCAUGCCAUGCUGUUGAGGCAUCACGAAAAAACUCAAGAACUAGAGUACCGACAACAAAGGGCGGUACACUCGUUAAGAGAGGAACAAAUUCAACGACAACACGCCACUGAGCUAUGUAACCAGCAGGAUUAUAUGCAGCGCGCUGAACGCGAUUUGAGGAAGAAACACGCGCUUGAAUUGAAGCAGCAACCAAAAAGUUUGAAGCAGAAAGAGAUGCAGAUCAGAAAGCAGUUCCGCGAGACUUGCAAGAUUCAGACGCGCCAGUACAAAGCUCUCAAGGCCCAGAUUUUACAAACGACACCCAAGGAUGAGCAGAAAACGGUGAUCAAAAAGCUCAAGGAGGAACAAAGACGCAAACUCGCUCUGCUGGGUGAUCAGUACGAACAGAGUAUUGCCGAGAUGCUGCAGAAGCAGAGUAUCAGGCUGGACGAGUCUCAGGAGGUCGAGUGUCAUCACCUCAAAGAGCGACUUAAUUACGAGCUCGAGAUUCUGAUGGCGUACCAGUCCAAAAAUAAAAUGCAAGCUGAAGCCCAGAGAAACCGCGAACGUCGUGAGCUAGAAGACCGUGUUUCUGUAAGACGGGCUUUGCUUGAACAGAAAAUGGAGCUUGAAACUCAGGAAUUUCUGCAGGAACGCAGUGAAAGAAUCAGGUUGUUGCAUGAGAGGCAGGAACGCGAACUUCAGCAGUUUGACGACGAGAGCGCAAGAAUUGGUUUUAGCGCAUUAGCAAUAGCCGAAGCAUCAAAAGAAUCUUAUCCAGACGACGAUAGUCUAAGUGGUUCCAUGUUGAGUUUAGCUCACAGCAAUAGCUCUACAUCUUUUCCUCCCAAUAGUCUUUAAUUGUCAACAUUUGAAUAAAUAUUAUUAAUAAUAUAAUUAUAAUAAUAAUUAUUAUUAUUAUUAUAAAUAUAUAUAACACAAUAACAAUGAAGAUCCCUAGAACAUGUCUCUAAACGAGCCCACGUGACAUUAAUUUUAAAAAAUAUCUAGAAGACUACGUAGUUUUAAAUGUAUCAAAAAAUAAUCAUACUGUGAAUCGCUAAGGUCUCCAAUGAACAUUUAAUAAUCAUAUGUAAUCCCACUAUAGCGCAAGCUCAUCUUCAUCUACUUCAUUAAUCAUUUUUUUAAAAAUUAACUAAAUCACUUACCUCAAGCUAUCAUUCCCCGUUAUUACAUUUUGUAUGUUGUACCGCUAGUGGUUUAUCUUGCAUCAUCAAAUUGUGACAUUCAUUUCAAAUCAGAGUUUAAACGCUCUAACGAAGUAAAGCAACGAUUUUAUUU